CACGGUGCAUGUCGUGACGAGACAGUUUUUUCUACCGUGAAGAAAGCCUCGGCGAAUGAGCGGCUGCGGCCGCAUUUUCGUAUAUAAGCCGCCCGGCAGAUCCACUGGGCAUCAGAACGGCUUUCAGAUCGCUACAAGCAGUUCGCUGUUUCCAGCAGAAGCGUUCUUCUCAAAUCAGUAUGCAACCUCUGAAACUUCUCACGUUGAUUAGCGUCUUCCUGGGCUUCUGCGCAACGACGUCUUUCGCCGGAGGCCACAGCACCCAUGGCACACGAGCUGUCAUGUCUCGACGCUUCAAGACGGGAUCUGUGUACCUGAUCAAGAGCCUGCAUGCGGUGCCCAGUCCGCCCAAAAAGCGGCGUGGUGGAGGCGGUAGCUGGAAAGGCAGCAGUGGCGGCGGAGGAGGAGGGUGGAAGGGAGGUGGCGGGUGGUCUGCUGGAGGUGGCGGAGGCUGGGACAUGGGUGGUGGGAACGGCUGGUGGAAGACCGGUGGCGGUAGUUGGAACAUGGGCGGCGGAGGAGGAGGCUGGAAGGCUGGAGGUGGUGGUGGUGGUGGUGGAGGCGGUGGCCGCGGUAAGCAACUCUCGAAAUAUGCCUUGUAUUGCACUGCAUUGCGGUGCUACCUAACUGCGUAAAGUUUUCUUUUCGAGGAAAUUUGAGCCGCUGCUACUCGGUAUUAGCAUUACAUUAUCACCUCGAGAUCGAUAUUCGCAUCUUCCUGGAAUGUUGUAACGUGUUUUUAUCUAGCGCAAUUCCCUUAAAAACUUGAACACCCUUGGUAUUAUUGAUAGAUUUCAGGAAUGCUUGACAGUGUCGCCUGUUAGGGAAUGUCUCUCACUAACGUGUGGCUACAAGUGUUCGUGCGCUCGGCACUGGAGGUGAACAUAGAAGAGAUCACUUAGCCAAUAUUGUGCAUCUUAGACUCCACGAAAGACGCAGCCCUAGCCCCUUUAAGCAUUUUGAAACCACUGUACAUCGGCAUUUAUUCUUUAAAAACAGUUAUGUCUUUUCACAGCGUAAUUCAUGGAAUCGUGACGCGCUAAACUACACAGAACAUGUACACACGAUAUGCAAAUAUAGACGCGGGUGUAGUUUGCAGUGUACCAGCUUUUUGCAGUAGGUUAGCCUGUAAUAACAUCAGAGCGCGUCACGACACAGAUACAUUUAUAAGAACAGUCUUGCACGUAGACCACUUGUGGCGUCAUAUGGGCUUAGCUCUCCCAACUGCUUAGAGUAGAGCUUAGAAAGGAAUGAAUUCAAGGACGCCAGAUUCCUAGUUUCGGCAUGCACAUUUCAGUUUGUCACUUUGCAAACGAUACGACAUUUCAUAAGUAAUGACUUCUAAGUAAAAAUUAUUCGUACAAAACAUUACUAUCCCUAAAGCUGGGCCACGGUGUGAAAAAGGUAAUGAGGAAAAUAAGAUGCUGACUUGUGCGAAAUGGUUCAAGAAAUUUACAUCUUUUGAACGCACAUGCUUUGAAAAACAAGAGUUUCGCUGAAGAUCCUGCUGGGGAGUUAUGUAUAUUAAAGCUUUUGUAUACUGCUCUUUCUAAGGCGAAGUUCCCCAAGCCAUUAAACUUAUGCAGAUAUCUAUAAUAUUACAGUAAUGACAGCUCCUUAAGCACCUUAUUAAGAGUUCAAUUCAUAAAUUGAAGUCGAUCCGCCACGGUGGUCUAGCGGUUAUGGCGCUCGACUGCUGACACAAAGGUAGCGGGAUCGAAUCUCGGCCGCGGCGGCUGCAUUUUCGAUGGAGGCGAAAAUGUUUGAGGCCCGUGUACUUAGAUGCAGGUACACGUUAGAGAACCCAAGGUGGUCGAAAUCUCCGGAGACCUCCACUACGGCAUCUCUCAUAAUCAUAUCGUGGUUUUCAGACGUUAAACCCCAGCUAUUAUUAAAUUGAAGUCAUGUAUUCGCGAACAGAUUUUAUUCAUUGUUAUAUUUAAGCCAGAGCAGUGCAUGAAAGCAAAACUAAAAAUCAGAGCUACGCGAUGUAUGCCUAAUGUUCCGAUAAAAAAGAAAAAAAAAGAUGUCAUUGUUGAUAACAAAAAUUACGAUUUGGACUUGGGGUGGUGGUCGCCGCAUUCCGAAGAAGGCUUAAUCCGAAAACGCUUUCACGCCGUGCUUUAGUUGCACAUUGAACAAUCACAAGCGGUCAGAGUUUGACAUAGCAGAUGAUUGGUUCAGUAAAACCUUGCAAUUAAUCAGAACUAUAUAUCUAAGAUCCAUAUAGGACACAAAUACAUUAGAUACACUAAAUACAUAGUAUACUCUAAUUAUGGCAUCGUAAAAGUUACGUUUCGAGAGGAACGCUCACUUGGGCGUCUUUAUACGCUGUACUUGUGAUACUGUAGUCAAAACCACCGGAAAGUGGUCAGGUUAGUGAUGGUUUUGAUGGGAGGACACAUUCAGUGUAAAUAUAAAUGGACUUGAUAAUGAUUCACAUCGCAUUGAAAUUACGUCAUAUCAGCUGUGGCGUGAGUUGUGAAAGUAUCAAUAAUUACAACACGCGCAACAGCCGAUAACAAAUAAGCCCAGUAAUAUGUGUUGAAACCGUUCAUUUUCUCUAGCCUUGGGUUGUUUCAGUGUUACUAUUCGGACACCAUUGCUAAUCGCUGUAGCGAAGACUAUGCCUAGUAUUGCGGCUGCUUUGGAAGCUCUUUUUUUUCUUACACUCUUUCCUUCGUCAUGUAGGAGGCGGUGGCACCGGUGACGACCUGAUCGUCAUCCAAAGCGCGGACGCGGCUCCAGACCCUGGUAUUACCGUAGAAUCUGAUGGCGGCGGAGGCGGAGGCGGGAACAUUGUUGUAGCUGAGGGCGGCGGCGGCGGCGGCGGUGGAGUGGCUGACGUCGUUAUCCAAGGAGGCUACGGUGGAGGAGGUGGUGGAGGAGCCGACUACGACAUUGGUGACGGCGGUCCCUGGUGGAGCCACUAGCUGGGCCACGAACUGUGUUCCCAUUACACGCCCGUGUACAGACUACUCAUCCUGUCUUCCCGAUCACCAAUUUAUCACAUAUUGUGCAUGCCUUGCUGCAUUUGUUUUAUUUGCACUUUUCUUUAUUGCUCAGCGCACUUUACAGCUUUUCUUUUGUGACAAACAUGUGUGAAUGUAUCAUCGGUGUGUUUAAUUGUGUGCAUUUGCCCCUGUCGACGCGUUUCUCAAAUCAACUUCGGAUAGUUCUCACCCCGGGAAAGACGGGUCCGAUGAAGUUUCUACGCCAGAAAAGUUGACGUCAGUACUGAGUGGGAGUAACUCAGCUUUCCGCAGUGCGGUGAGGGGCGUUUCGUCAGCGUACAGACCGGCUCUCAUGGCUGAACAGUGUGCGAGGAACAAAGCUUUGACGCUACGCCGCAUUAGCAGAUAGCCCAUAAACUAACGUUAGUUUAGAGAGCAUUAGUCAAUCGAAGAAGCCAAUAAAGCUUACA